GUAUAAUAGUGCUAUUAAGAAAAUCGAAUGAAAAGGGAGAAAUUGAGAGUUGGUAAAGGCAUGGAAGCCAGUCCAUUUGCUGCCCUCAUUUAUUAUCCAGCCGUUGGAGAAAAUAUCGUAAAAUAACCAUAGGUAAAAUGAAUGAUAAAAUAUAGGUUUUUUAAAGCGAAGUUACAUUCAGACUCAAUUAGGUUAUUUCCAUGCUAUUCCUGAUAUCGUAUUUCUUUGAAUUGUUUACAUGGCUCCUACAAAACUUCUUUCAUUAAGCGGAAAUUUUUGGUAUCAAGGUUUUCAAGAAUACGGAUAAAAUUUUUAUUCAUUCUUUCAGGUUAAGAAACUCUUCAAGUAUUAGUUGAAGCCUUAUUCCACUUACAUGGGCUUGUAACUGAGUACGAUUUACGAAGUACUCUUUUAUUUCAUUCAAAUUUCUUUCAGAGUUCGUUGCCAUUCAACUUGCUUUUUUUUUAUUUGAAGAUUUAUAUCGUGUAAGAUGAACUAUUCGAAAUUGCAAACGUUGCAACAUAUUUGCAAAGUCAGUGGUUUAUCCAGGAAAGGUCGAAAGGCAGAUAUGUUGCAGCGAAUUAUGUAUGCUCCGAGCUAUCCUACGGAUAAUGUGUUAUCAAUUGAUUUAGGGAUUAAGAAUUUUGCAUACUGCCUUGCUGGUCGCACGGAGGAUGCCAAAGUUAAUAUCUAUGAAUGGGCCCACGAAGACUUGACAUCCCCAACAAAUGGCUUAGGUAUUCAGUGGACUGAAAACUAUCAUCCUCAAUACUUGGCACGACUUGCGUCGCAAAUCUAUACCACAAUAACUUCACGCUUUCAUCCCAAUGUAAUCCUUUUGGAACAACAGCGCUAUCGUUCAGGAGUCAAAACCAUUCCUGAAUGGACUUUGCGAGUCAAUACGAUUGAGUCCAUGCUGCAUAGCUUACAUUAUAACAGCCAAGUUCAGGUACCGCCGGAAUCAGAGUCCUCUUCCUCUAUCCUACUUUCCCUUGCACCUAAAUCUGUGUACUCUUACGUUUCUACGUUGCCUGAGUUUGUAAAUUUGAACAAGGCUACUAAGACAAAAUCUGCUCGUGUUAAAUUCCUAACCUCUAUGUUGAAGAAUGGAAAGGUAUUUGUUUCAAAUGAUGAUGCACGGAAAACAUUCGAAACUCCCGUGAAGUAUUCAAGUAAAAAAGAUGACAUGACGGAUGCUGCUAUGAUGGCAAUUACAUGGAUUGAAUGGCAACAUAAACUUAGACAAUAUAAACAUGAAAUUCGUAGCUAUGUUGAGCGGACUUCACAACAGUAAAGCAUUAUACGAUGAUAUAGAAUAUUAAUGGCAGAUUCAGAUGAGGAAAAGUUAUUAAGUGUGUUUUUG